GUAUGAGUAAAGUCGAUGAACGUGCAGGUGAUCUUGUACCACCCUCUCUAUAAGAUCACACAGAUGGGAGGGAGGAUUGAACUUUUGUCAAAGCAAACUGACCUGGACUAUCAGUUUACUGGAUCUAAGGCCGGCACAAAUCCCAAAUAACGGUUUUUCUGGUUUCUAUCUACACAGAGGUGUGUGCUCAUAACGGAUAAGAGGCAGCUCUGUUCAAGAGGCUUCAGUUUGCGAUCUGAAGUUUUGCUGUAGUUUUCUUCUGAAGAUCUUAUAUCAAGCAGCAAAGAUGGAGCGGAUGGAAGACGAAAAGCCGAAGAAGAAGGUGACCCUUUACCUCCUGUUCUGUGUUUCAACAGCAGUCAUCGGCUCGCUACAAUUUGGCUACAACACCGGGGUCAUCAAUGCACCAGAACAGAAACUGCGUAGGUUUUUCCAGAAUGUGUCAGCGGAGCGGUACGGGGAGCCUUUCGGCCAAGGAACUAUCACCAUGUUGUGGAGUGUUGCUGUGGCCAUCUUCAGUGUGGGAGGCAUGGCCGGGUCUUUCUCUGUUGGAGCCAUGGUCAACAAAUUUGGCAGGCGUAAAUCCAUGGUGCUUGCUAAUGUCCUGGCUGUACUUGGUGGCGGUCUGAUGGGACUGUCAGUUCUGUGUCAAUCGUUUGAGGUGGUCAUUGUUGGCCGGCUGAUCAUCGGUGUGUUCUGUGGUCUGUGCACGGGACUGACACCCAUGUACAUAGGCGAGAUCUCUCCCACUGCUCUCCGAGGAGCCUUCGGCACGCUGCACCAGUUGGGUGUAGUUAUUGGCAUCCUGGUGGCACAGAUCUUUGGUCUGGAGUUUCUGCUUGGCUCAGACACUCUGUGGCCUCUGCUGCUGGCUCUGACCAUCCUGCCUGCCAUACUGCAGACCAUCAUGCUGCCGUUCUGCCCUGAAAGCCCCCGCUACCUGAUCAUUGUCCUCAACGAGGAGGAGAAGGCAAGAAAGGCACUGGUGCGUCUGCAUGGCUCUGAAGAUGUCAGCAAUGAUAUUCAGGAGAUGAAGGAAGAAGGGAUGAAGAUGGCCAUGGAAAAGAAAGUGACCAUCCCUGAACUCUUCCGCUCUCCUAACUACCGUCAACCAAUUGUUAUCGCUAUCAUCCUCCAGCUCUCUCAGCAGCUGUCUGGCAUCAACGCUGUAUUUUACUACUCCACAGGCAUAUUUGACACAGCUGGUGUUACUCAACCUAUCUACGCCACCAUAGGAGCUGGAGUUGUCAACACUGUGUUUACUGUUGUCUCUCUCUUUCUGGUUGAACGGGCUGGGCGAAGGACAUUGCACCUGAUUGGACUGGCUGGAAUGGCUGUCUGUGCCCUCAUUAUGACAAUCUCCCUGUCUUUGGUGAAGACCAACGAGUCUCUAAGCUAUCUGGCCAUAGUGGCUGUGUUCGGCUUUGUUGCCAGUUUUGAGAUGGGUCCAGGUCCCAUCCCCUGGUUCAUCGUGGCUGAGCUCUUCUCCCAGGGGCCACGUCCUGCUGCCAUGGCCAUCUCUGGUUUCUCCAACUGGACCGCCAACUUCCUGGUGGGGCUGACUUUCCCUAAACUGGAGGAACUUUGUGGUCCUUAUGUUUUCAUCAUCUUCAUGGUACUCCUCAUCCUGUUCUUCAUCUUCACCUUCCUGCGAGUGCCUGAGACAAAAGGAAGGACCUUUGACGACAUCGCUCAGGGAUUUUCUGCCAGUGUAGGGAAACCCUCCCAGUCCCUGGCGCUUGAGGUGGUGGCUGUCGGUCUGCCAGAGAGCAAAGAAGCUCCACCCAUGUCCCCCACAGAAAAGGUUCCCAUGGUGGAUGUUCCUGCAGAGAAGCCAUGAGCGUCCUUACAGAGAAGAAGGAAGAGUUAGGGUACUACACAGACAACAUGUUUCAAGCACAUAGAUAUUGUAAGGAGUUACAUUUGAUAACUUACAAAUGAUGAAAGUGCAGCGGGGUGUUUUUAGAAAAAGCCAACUCAGUGUAUUAAUAAUUUAGAAAUAAGAUUUUAGUUUUUAAUAUAUAUUUUCAGUGUUCCUUUUUUUUUUAAAUUAAAUUCAGUGUUUUUUAAAGAUCCCAAGUUACAAACGCUAAAAUGAUUGUUGACAGAAUUCCCUGUAAUCCUGACUGAAACAUGGGCCAAACUUAACUGAAUUACCAGUUCUUAAUAGUUGUGGACAUACCCAGUGCCAGCCCCACGCAUAUUGCCAUAUAAGAGGAUCAACAUAUGUUUAGUGUUAAGUCCCAGGUCUUCAGCUACUCCCAGUGUUUAAAGGUUGCAGGAUUUCAGGGGGUUUAUGUAUUAAGGUCAAGCUUUUUGGAGCCAAGUAGUUUGACCCAGAAAAGACUGACUUGCUGUCCUGUAUGCCUGCCUGAUGUUUGUUGCUGCAAAGGGGAGAAAGGCCUGUUGCCUUAAGUAGACACAAUAAACAUGGAGGAGGUGCUGCAAAAGUAAUUGUGU